AAUCCCCAUUCUGCGGCCUCUUAUUCUUGCUGCUUGCAUUGUACAGUUCAUUAUCUAUUCACCCUUGACAAUUGGGGCAUCAUCCCUAUUCUUUGACAUAUAUACCCUUAUAUACCGUUUGUAUUCACAUACAGACACAUCUUUGUACACUGACGUCCUGAAUUAUAAAUCCUUUUCUGAUCUCUUUCAAAGACAUUUUUAUCAUCACUUCUCAACAAACACAUUCAUCUAUCCUUCAGAAUUUAUGGCUGAUCGUGAACUAAAAGAGUUUGGCCACAACCUGCUUGGUUGGGUCAAGGCCUUUCCAAGGAACAUACCUCGCUAUAUUACCGAACGCUUUCCUAUCAUCAAAUGGCUGCCAAAGUAUCAACGUAGCUGGGCUGUCAAGGACAUCAUUGCUGGCAUUACUGUCGGCUUGAUUGUUGUCCCACAAGGAAUGUCUUAUGCCAAAGUUGCUAGCUUGCCUGUCCAACAUGGAUUGUAUUCUGCUUAUAUCGGUGCUAUCUUUUACUGCCUCAUGGGAACCUCCAAGGACCUGACCAUCGGACCCACUGCUGUUAUUUCUCUCAUCACUGGUGAACUCGUUGCUGAACUGAGCGGUCGAUUGACCCCACAAGAGGUUGCUGCUCUUUCGUGUCUUGGUGUUGGCCUUUUAACAAUGAUUUUAGGUGUGCUUCGUUUGGGUAUCGUUUUGGAUUUCUUCCCAACAACUGUUCUGGUCGGUUACACGACCGGUGCUGCUGUAACAAUCAUCGUCCAGCAGAUCCCCAAAUGGCUUGGUGUGCCCAACAUCAAUAACCGUGCGCCAGUUUAUGAUAUCAUCAUCAAUAUGCUCAAGGCUAUCAAGACCCUCUCUUGGUUGGAUCUAGUCUUUGGGCUGGUGUCCAUGUUUCUCUUGGUCGCCAUUGGAUUAGCGGUUGAUCGCUGGGGCCGUGGCAAGUUCUCUAUUCAGAUGAUCAAAAUCUCACGCUUCUUCUUUGUUACGGUCUUGGCAACUGCGCUUUCUUACGUGGUCAAUAAGAAUGCACCUCAUGAUCCAAAGGGUCAGAUCAUUCCACGCAUCUCAAUCCUGAAGGACGUUCCCUCAGGAUUGCCUCAUCCAAUGGUCCCUGUCUCUCCAGACGGUGUUUUGUCAGCAAUCGCCCCCAAGUUGGCAGCCAUCACCUUGGCUACGAUCUUGGAGCAUAUUGCGAUUGGAAAGGCCUUUGCAAGACGAAACCGUUAUCAGAUCGAUUCCAACCAAGAGUUGCUUGCUCUUGGGCUUGCUAAUGUCACGGCUUCAUUCUUUGGAGCAUAUGCAGUGACAGGAUCCUUCUCACGAUCUGCAGUCAAGUUUCAAUGUGGAGUCAAGACCCCUAUUGCUGGCUUUGUCACCGGCGCAUUAGUGCUCUUGGCCAUUUACUUUUUGACCCCUGUCUUCUUUUAUAUCCCUGAUGCAGCUCUCUCAGCUGUCAUUAUGGUGGCAGUCUCGACCUUGGUCUCGCCACCUUCAGUCUUCUACCAAUUCUUCAAAAUCAAUCUCUGGGAUUUCCUCUCAUCCCAGGUUGCCCUCUGGGUCACGAUCUUUGUCUCUGUUGAAUCUGGUAUUGCCGCCGGCGUAGGUUUCUCACUGGUUGUUCUUCUCUUCAGAGUCGCUCGCCCUAACUUUCAUGUGCUUCGUCAACUUAAGGAUCGACCCGAUGUCUAUGUGGACGCCUCUGUGGACAGCACUUUCGACACAAUCCCAGCGCCCCAUGGUAUCUUGGUAUUCAGGAUUGAAGAAUCGACUACAUUCCCUAAUAUUGAAACGUUCAAGACCUGGGUGAUUGAUGAGGUUUACAAAUAUACCCGCUUUGGUGGUAAGGUCAAAGCCGCAUCCGAACGACUAUGGUCGGAUGAUAUGGAGAUCCAUGUCCGGAACCUGCGCAAGCAAGCACAUGGGCCUCACUCCAACAUCACAGAUGAUGACCUGCCUAGUCUCCGGGCCGUUAUCUUAGACUUUUCAGCUGUCAACAACAUCGACUCGACAGGUUUGCAGGGCCUCUUUGAUCUGCGAGAGCUUUUGAGGGAUUAUGCAGGCGUUACAGAUUACCCAGAUACAUUCUUUGAGCUCCAUUUUGUGGGCAUUCAGGCCAAUGUCCUCCAUAUUCUGGAACUUUCAGGCAUUACUCGACCAGUGACACCGCUUGCGCUUUUGAACGUUCAGGUGAUUGAGCGAAACGAGUCAGCUGCAACCAAUGAGAGGUUUGAAGAGAUUGAAGUGCUGGAGGAUGAUUUGAAGCAGGCAAACCAGAAUAGUGGAAAUAGUAACAACAACAACAACAACAACAACAACAACAACAACAGCGACCGAAGUAGUCAGAUCGGACAUAGCGCUAAUGAUGACCAUGGUCAUCACAGUGGUUUCAAGAUCAAAUCAUCAAAAUCCCACCGCCCCAAGCCUGGAGACGUUGGAGCAGGUGCGCUCUCUGUGAAUGGUACAGGUACAAGCCCGUUCUUAAAAGAGGAGGGUCUGGUUCAUUUGACAGUGCGUGAUGCAGUGGACAGUGUCUUGAUCCGAUAUGAUGUUUGGGGACGUGGAACUCGAGAGAAUGGUAGUGAAAAUGGUGGUAGCACUCAUGAUAAACCCGAUUCAGAAAAGAAUUUGUCUUCUUCCAUUGACGAGCAGUCAACUAUCAAUAACGAGAAGACUGCUGAACACUUCGUCUAA